UUUGGUUUUAAACACGUGGUUAUCCGUGGUGUUUACAAGUGAACUAGUGUUAGUGAAGUAUGGCAGGUUCUCAGUUACAAGUAACAACUGCAAAGGCGAGGCAACGUAACGUAAUAUGAACACACUAUGCUUCAUCGAGUGUAUAUCUGAAGUGAAGUGAAAAUAUAUUUCAUAGUCCUCAAAAUCAUGAGGCAAAAUGUCGAGUCAUCUGCUCGCGAAAGUGAGUGUCGUCGAAAGGGUGAUAUUAAGAAGUACAUGAAAAACAAAUGGCGACAAGAAACCUUCAACAAGAAGCUUAAAGUCGAGAAGUGGGAAGAGAAGAGACAGAAGACAGCGUUACGGAAGUACUAUAAACAACUUCGAAAAGAAGAUCCUGGGAAAAAUUACGUCCAUCCGGCCGAUAAGCAUCGAAACCACCGAAGCAGCGAAGACAACGUCCCGGGAGUCUCUUCACAAACAGCUAACAGGGACUCAAGUACUCUAUCUCUAAAGAAGCAUAAAGCAAGUGCCUUUAAACGAGCAUUACAAACAUUUGAGGAGAAACAACGAGAAAAAGAGGCUAAGGUGAAAAUGGUGGAGCAACAGUUGAUGCAGAAACAGGAAAGAUUAAAACAGUACAAAAAUAAACGCACUGAAAAUUUUAAAAAACUGUCCUUAAAAACUGCACGUGGUCAACCUGUUAUGGCAGGUCGCAUACAGAUGCUUUUAAGUAAAAUUGAAAAAGAUGGAUAAUCAGUGUGUGAAAAAUGUGGUUUUUUAUUUCAGUGUUCUAUUACUAUUGUUGUGAAAAAUCUUCUGAACACCAGAAGAUAUAAUUCAGUAAAAAGACUGGUGCGUGUGUGCACACUUUCCACACUUUUUCAGAAUUUUUUUCUCUUAUGUUCAUGUACUCAGUUAGCAUAAGUUGUAAGAUAGGCUAAAAAUGUCUAUAUCUUAACCAAUAAUUUCAAAAAGCUGAAAUACUGUAUUUUGUAUGUGCUGUUACUGGCAGUUGGAGUGAUUGAGCACCAUUUGAGGAAAAAAAUCACAUCCUGUAAUAAAAAGUACCUCCUUUGUCA